GGGCAUGGAGGAGCGGCGGGCUCGGAGCCGCGCCCCGGAGUCCCCGAAACUUCCGAGCGGGCGCCCGUCCGCGUCGCUGCCGCCGCCGCUGAGCCUGCCGGCCUGAGAGCGGGACCAUGGAUGAAAGGUUCAACAAGUGGCUGCUGACGCCGGUGCUCACUCUCCUCUUCGUGGUCAUCAUGUACCAGUACGUGUCCCCCUCCUGCACCAGCUCCUGCGCCAACUUCGGGGAGCAGCCCCGCGCCGGGGAGGCCGGCCAGCCUGCCGCCCCGAGUCCCGCCCGCCGCGCACAGGCGCCGCUCGAGGACUGGGAGCGACGGCCCCAGCUGCCCCCGCCGCCCCGGGGGCCACCGGAGGGGCCCCGGGGGGCCGCGGCGCCGGAGGACGAGGACGAGGAGCCGGGGGACCCAGAGGAGGAGGAGGGGACGGAGGAGGAGGAAGAGGAGCCGGACCCCGAGGCCCCCGAGAACGGAUCCCUGCCCCGGUUCGUGCCGCGCUUUAACUUCACCCUGAAGGACCUGACCCGCUUCGUGGAUUUCAACAUCAAGGGGCGCGACGUGAUCGUGUUCCUGCACAUCCAGAAGACCGGGGGCACCACGUUCGGUCGGCACCUGGUAAAGAACAUCCGGCUGGAGCAGCCGUGUAGCUGCAAAGCCGGCCAGAAGAAGUGCACCUGCCACCGGCCGGGCAAGAAGGAGACGUGGCUCUUCUCCCGCUUCUCCACCGGCUGGAGCUGCGGGCUGCAUGCCGACUGGACGGAGCUCACCAACUGUGUGCCGGCCAUCAUGGAGAAGAAAGACUGUCUCCGCAACCACAGCCACACCAGGAAUUUCUAUUACAUCACCAUGUUGCGGGAUCCAGUGUCUCGAUACCUGAGCGAGUGGAAACACGUCCAGAGAGGGGCCACGUGGAAAACCUCCCUCCACAUGUGUGACGGGAGGAGCCCCACCCCCGACGAGCUGCCUACCUGCUACCCUGGGGACGACUGGUCUGGGGUCAGCCUGCGGGAGUUCAUGGACUGCACCUACAACCUGGCCAACAACCGCCAGGUGCGCAUGCUGGCCGACCUCAGCCUGGUGGGCUGCUACAACUUGACUUUCAUGAACGAGAGCGAGAGGAACGCCAUCCUGCUGCAGAGCGCCAAGAGCAACCUGAAGAACAUGGCUUUCUUCGGGCUCACAGAGUUCCAGAGGAAGACGCAGUUUCUCUUUGAGAGGACAUUCAACCUCAAGUUCAUCUCCCCCUUCACGCAGUUCAACAUCACACGGGCUUCCAACGUGGAGAUCAACGAGGGUGCCCGCCAGCGCAUCCAGGAGCUCAACUUCCUGGACAUGCAGCUUUACGAGUAUGCGAAGGAUCUCUUCCAGCAGCGUUACCACCGCACCAAGCAGCUAGAGCAUCAGAGGGACCGGCAAAAGAGACGCGAGGAGCGGCGGCUGCAGCGGGAGCACAGGGGCCGCCGGUGGCCCCCACAGGACGGGAACCCAGAGGGGGCCGUCACGGAGGACUACAACAGCCAGGUGGUGAGGUGGUGACCCCCUGCCCUCGCCAUGCGCAGGAGCGGGAGGAAGAGUGGGGGCACCACCCUACCUUGGAGAAGGUGGGGCCAUGCUGAGGACAUCUGGCUGUAGGUGGCUUGCCUUGGACACCUGCUUCCUCUCUGUCUUCACUUUUUUUCCAGCUGGAGAUGAUCUGUCUUGUUCUUUUUUUUCCUGAUGUUUUUCAAUCCGUGAUAUUAAGUAGGGUAGGAAUGCAUCCCAUAAUAGACCACAUUAGCAGGUCCAGGGGAGAAGCACCAAAAAGGAAAGAGUCCUUGGAAUCCUUUUCUUUUUGCAGCAGCAGCAGCAGCAUAGGUUGUGGUUUGGGCAACUGGAACCCACCAAGGCACACAUGAAAAGCCAGAUGAAGGCUUGGAUGUUCUGCUGAAACUGGUAUGUUCGUACUGUCUCUGUAAUGGAAAUACUGCUAUUUGAAGAGAGAGGAAAAGAAGGCUUUUUCAGCCCUUAGAUGAGGUUUAAUGCCACCUCUCUCUUGGCUGUGAGCGCCCAUCUUUGAUCUCGAUUUGAAUGUGGUUUAAAUCAUAAAUAGUGUAAUGUGUGUUGUUGUCAAGGUUGUUUUUCAACAAGGUCACCCUACGACUGACCGUGGCCGGAGACUCACGGCCCCUGCCUCUCAGCCCUGAGCCACGCUUCCGCCCCCAUCUUUUAGGGAUCAGUUAGUAGAUUCAAGACAGAUGUGUCCGUGGCCCCAGAAAAGUGAACACUGGUAGGGACAUUCAGGGGAAAACUUAUUAAGAAUGCCUGAGGACAUUACCUUUGACCGAGUUUUAUUUUCAGUGGAAAGAAUGAAUGCUAAAUUAAGGGAGAAAAAACACAGGGAUAACUCCUUGUCUAGCAUUCCCACCUGGCUACAGAACCUUGGUUUUCUAAGGACUGUUUCGGAGUUUUACCUCCUUGGAGCAGUCAUUUUCUUUGGUACGGUACUGCCAAGUUUGAAACUCUGCCAUCACUGAGGAAAAGGCAUUUGGCCUGAAGACUAGGAGCUUAGCUAGCAUGUAUACAAAGUAGGAGUCCAGAUCAUGAAAUAAAAAGGUAACUCUGAUUUAGGCCAUAGAACACAGUGGGGUGGUUAUCCUAGGAGUUUAGAAGGACUGCCUCCCAGCAUCUUGCAUCUCUCUAGCCUGAUCACUUUUUUCUCCUCAGAUGAUCCUUACCUGGCAUGAGAGGCGCCCUAACAGGCUAAAGCGUAUCAAAUAGGACCGAAAGAUGCUGCAUCACCAAGCACUUCUUUCGUUCCACCCUUUCCCCAAUUGCAGUGACGGUAACACAACGUUUUUGAAUAAUCGGGGGGAGGGGGACAUACAGCAGAGGGACUAGAAAACUCCUGCCUUGUAUUUAGUAGGCAAUCAGAGUGAGCAGAAAGUUUCACAACAGAUUGAUCUGAUCAAUCCCUUCAAGGAGCUGAAGGCAAAAUGAGUGAAACCCCUAAAUCAGAUUGAAAAGCCUAUUUCAUUGAUAGCCAACAUGUUUGAUGUUUAAGCCAGCUUUGCAUAAGCCACAUCUCAGCCUCCAGAAUACUCUCUGGGGUUAGAGUUAAUCAACCCACAAGCGUGCAUGGAGUGCUUGCCUGCACAGAGGGGAGAGGCGAGGUUCUGCAGCAAAAAGAGAGCCAGAGAAGAGGCCUCCAUACGGAUUACACUACCCGGGGCUUCCCAUGUCGUGGAGGAAAAGCGUGACUGGGGACCUCCCUGGUGCCAGGAACUCUGGGAGGCCCUUGUCCUUCCUCAGAUCUGUUCACAAGAAGGUAGAUACUAUUCGUCCCAACUUGAUAGAUGAGGAAAGUAAACCCACCGACAGUACGUAGCUUCCUCAUGGGUUGUGAGCUGGGUCUGGCCGACUGCAGAGGGCAAGCUCUUUUUGCUCCAUCACAUUUUCCAAAUCGGAUAAAAGCUUCCUGCCCAUCAUGCAAGAAGCCACCUGUUACUACUCUGAAGGGUCUGUCUCUACCCGCUGCGGGUGUGACCGCACCAGGCCAGCAGGGACCCAGAGCCACGUUGCCUUGGGCCAGUCCGGCCCCCUCCAAGUCACGGACCCAUGAAGGAGCUGAAAGAUGGAUGACUUUAGAAGCAGCUGUACUUUUUGAGCCAUAGAGGGCGUGAGUUAAAGGGGUCCAGUAAAUCGUCCUCGUUAGUUGGUAGACAUAAGGCUCACAAAAUACUAGUUUCCCUUCCUGAUGAUUUGUUCCUAAGGUAGCGGGGGAAGGGGACUUGCAGCUGGGACGAAUGAGCAUCCUUCUCUCUCUCCCCAUUUCCAUGUUAGGAUCUAAUGCCGCCUAGAAUGGCAGGGCUGCAAAUUACUGCUCUGCCUGCCACUGUGAAACACACACACACACACACACACAAAACACACAAAUAACAAUGCAGUGUUUUGCCAUGUGGAAAAUCAAAACAAGUUAGAAAGCGUUCAGAUUGUUUCUUUUCAACUCACUUUACAUUUCUGGCAGGGAAUUCAUGCAUUGCUGAGACUCAGAGGCAGCCCCUGCUCACUUCACACUGUUCCUCAGGCACCUCGGGAUUUAUAUCAAAAGGCUUUCUGCCGCCUUGCCGCUGAAGGCGUGAUGUAUGGGGCUCCACUGGAGACCCCGAUAUCAGGAUGUUCAGAGGAAAAAGCAUCGUUUUGUAUUGGCCCGAGGCCAGUGCUGAACAAAUUAAAAAGACCGACGCCAGCUUCCUCCCCUGUAUCAUUUCAUCCUAAAGCAGCACACUCGUCCUCUCCCCGGGGUCCUCUGUCGGUAGAAAUGAAGAGGUGGAAACACAGUUUGUUCUCUGAAAACUGACUGCACACCUACACCCCAAGGGAUGCUUGGGAGGGAUGUCGGCAGCAGGCGUCUGGGCCUUAGGGGCCACAGGAAGCCGGCAGCCUUGAGACCCCAAAUCAAAUCAACUGCAGAUUCGUUAACGUUAAAAGCCAAGAAGAGGCUAAAUAAAUAAAUAAAAGAAAAAGAAAAUUCGCUAAGAAGUUCCAUGUCCCAUCGACUUCUGCAACUCCCAAGGUAGGCCGUCAAUGGCAGCACCAGUAACCAGACUAGGAUGACAGGUGUGUGUUUCAAUUAUUAUGAAGGAAUAAGACACUAUAUAUUCUGUCUCCUUUCGAUCUCUGAACAACUUUCUCUCUCUCUCUUUUUUUUUUUUUUGUCCUUUUAGGGCAGCACCCGCAGGACAUGGAAAUUGCCAGGCCAUGGGUCAAAUUGAAGCUACAGCUAUUAGCCUACCCCACAACCGCAGCAACACAAGAUCCAAACCAAGCCUGCGAUCUACACCACAGCUCACAGCAAUGCUGUGGAUCCUUAACCCACUGAGCAAAGCCAGGGAUCGAACUCACAUCCUCAUGGAUUCUAGUCGGGUUUGCUACCACUGAGCCACGAUGGGAACACUGGGACAACGUACUCUUGACAAAGAGAGAAAACAUGCCCAGAGAAUUAUUUGAGCACUCUUUCUAGCAACUGAUAACAUUAGCAAUCAGGGUUAGGCGGCAGUCAAGGACAUCAUGUGUGUUAUUAAAAAUAUGUAUCAAGAUCCGUUCCUUAUCAUCUAAAGGAGGAAACUUUGCCAGACACAGUUCAAUCAAAGGUUUGAAAUCUGAGGACUUAGUCAAAGGUCUGACCUGAGAUGCUAUGAAUAUAAGGAGAAGAUCUACCAGGUAGGCCUAGCAAGGAGGUGACAAAAGAUCAUUCAAAAAUAACAUAAGGCCAUUCGGUAGGAUUCCCAUUUGGCUGCUUUAACAGAGAAACUCAAAAUAAAAGUAACUUCAAAAUACUGAAGCCAUUGCUUUCUCAUUUAAAGGACAAACUGGUCUGGGAUGUGACAUUACCAGAAUCCCAGGUUCUGUCAUUGCUCUUUCAUCCAAAGAUUCAGAUUCCAACUCAUGGUCCAAGAUGACUGCUGUGGCUCCUGCCCUCUCAUUUUUAAGACAGCCAAGAAGAAGUGGAGGAAAGUUGCAAUAUGGCACUUCCAGUCACAUCUCAUAGGCUAGAACUUAGCCAUUAGAUAUAUUUAGUCCAGGAAAUGUCAUCAUAAUUGGUUGCCGUGUGCCUUGAUAAAAAUAAGGGUUCUAUUAUUCAAGAAACAAUGUGAAAAUUAAUACUGAUCAAAACUAUCAGUCUCUGACACAAGAGGGAACUGAAAAAUAUUUCAAGUGCUUUUCAAUGCCAUCUAUAUCAUCAUCUCUUUUGCAAAGGCUGAGAUUCAAAUUCAUAACUUUGUAUGGUGUUUAAUGCUUUUCAAAACAUUUUUACAUCUGAUAUCUCAUUUGAUCUUCACUACCUUCUUGGAUGUGAAAUAGGACCGCUAUUCAUUAAUCCCAUUUGAUAGUUUGACAUAAGAGAUUCAAAGAUGUUGAAAGAAUUCCCAAAGAUUCUAGAUCAUUAACAAGCCAGUUGCUCAGAGCCCCAGUUUUUUGACUUCAUCUUUUCUAGCACCUUAUGCUGCUUGUCAUCAGUAUAUGAACUGGGAAUUGCGAGAAUAUGAAAUCUAGAUCUUUAUUGAUGUAUGUCUUCCCUCACCUUCCCAUGGACCAGCAGUGACUUACAAAAUGCCAAGGAGACGGCAGAGUUUGCUCGUGAUCUCCUGGCUCCAGGGAGGGAACUUCUUAUUCGGAGUGAAACCACUCAAGAGAUGCGCAUUACUGCAGGGAGAUCUCAAAUCACAAGCACCCAAACACCUCUGGUUAGAGAUCCAUCACGUCCAAUCCAAAACUAUUCAAGAUGAAGCCUGAGGGAAUAUGCCCAAAACUCCUUAGGGAAGCUCAGUGGUAGAACUCUUUAGAAUCAGUAGCAGCCUGAAUAGAGAAGCUGAAGGGGGUGGAGGAGAAUCAACACACCCCUCGAUCAAAAAAUCUCCCUUCCCCUCUAGUCUGCCCCAGGACCCUAGAAUUUUAUCAACAGUACACUCUUUUGGUUCUUAAAGAUGUUAUUUGGUGUUCAAUGAAUCCCUUUUGCACAUCUCCCUGGGAGAGGAGAUGCUUCAAGUUGUCACAAGGUAACAGCUUCGCAUGGAGGGUUUGUCUGAUUCCUCCCCAGCCCUGACCUGUAGCUGAGAAGUGCCUAUACCACAGGGUCAGGCAGAGGUAGGAAGUGGGGAGAGGUGGGGGUGUCUGGGAAGGAAGUAAGACUCCUGAUAGGGAAGCAGGCCUUUCAAAGGUGGAAAGAUGAGGAAUUAAAUGUGUGCCAGGGAGAAUGGAAAAGAAGAAAAGUGCCUACUGUAUAAUGUCUGUCUUCAAAAACAAGGGCAGAAUGGAGAUGUGUUUAACUCUGAUUCUUUUGGCCACUGAAAAUAUCAGGGAAAAGCAGGAGGCUCGUGAGACAGGACCAGACCAUUGAGAUGCUUUUAGGAACUGAAUUGGAGGUGGAGCAAAGAGAAAACGGGGUGGACGUGGGCAAAGAAUCCUCUGAUCUGAUCCCAGCUGUGUCUCUAAGGUUUUUCUUUUCCAUAGCCGUUGUGCCUCCAGUGGCCAGCAGAACUCCAGCGGAAGGUCUGCAGGUGGGUAUCAGGGCUGGCUGAGUCUGAGGGCUCUACUCCUCGGUGUCACCUUGGGGGAGCAUGCAAAGGUUCUUUCUCCAAGACACUUCCAGCUGUCCUUCUAAUCCUCUCCCUUCAUCUCCGCUGGACGUAAGCUUGCUCGCCCCUCGCCACAUUCACCUGGACGCAUCUGAACUGACUCCCUAAAACCUUGCAUUAGCCCUUCUGGACAAGUGGGUGGGUUCUGAGACCUGUGUGUUUUGUAGCCUAAAGGGAUGGAAUGCGCCUGGACCCAUCCUCACCUCACAUGGGCAGAGCCGACCUACCUUGCAGAGGUGCUGAGAUUUCCAGAGGGCUGGCCUCACUUUGAACACCAGCAACAUCUGCAAGACAAGAGCCCCCGAACUGCCAUGCCAGGACUUGAGGUCCCCUAACAGAACGACGAAGGAUCUGAGGACACAGAAGCACUGCUGUUUCUGGAGCCUGUGCUCUGAGCUGUUUACGGAAAAGGCUGCAACUGUCAGCCUCUGGCACAGGAGGCAGAGCCUCUGUGGGUUACACGUCCUGCGGCACAGUGGGAACUCAUCAGAGCCCCGGAUGUCGGAGCUGAAAAACAUCAGUUCUUGCUGGGGAAACUGUCUGACGGAGCAGAGUGUGUGUGAUUUCGUCAUUGUCACAUUUGUCUUCCAGCUUGUUAUUUUUUCAUUUUUUUAAUCAUUUAAUUUCUGUUCCUUUCUUCUUCCUCUGCCCCUCCCCGGAAGUACCUUCUGGGUUCUGCUUGCAUUAUUUUUCAUUUGACAUAUCAAAGAUGAAACAUGUUGACAAGAAAAACCUGGACUUUGGUGCCCCAUUUUAGAUGUAAAGAUAAGUUAUCCAAUAGGUAGUAACUUAUUUCUCCCAAGAGGUAUUUCUUUUGUUUCUGUGCAAUAAUAUGUAUGAACUUGAGUCCUAGGAACUUGUAUUGUGAGAUUAUCAACCUUUAUUGCUAUUUAAAAAUGAUAGUUUGUAGAACUGAGGAUUUCCAUUGAUGUGAAGCACAAUUUAAUGAGUAAGUGAACAUAUUAAACUGUUGUGAUGUCAGGAA